AUGGGCUUCACCGAGGUUGACACCAAGACCAUCAACACGAUCCGUGUUCUGGCCGCCGAUGCGACCGCUCAUGCCAACUCCGGUCACCCCGGUGCCCCAAUGGGCAUGGCACCAGUUGCCCACGUUCUUUUCAACAAGAUCAUGAGAUUCAACCCCAAGAACCCAAAGUGGCUCAACCGCGACAGAUUUGUUCUCUCUAACGGCCACGGCUGCAUGCUCCAAUAUGCCCUCCUCCACCUUUACGGCUAUGCCCUCUCCAUUGAUGAUCUCAAGGCCUUCCGUACCGUCGACAGCAUCACCCCCGGUCACCCCGAGGCCCAUGACACCCCCGGUGUCGAGGUCACCACUGGCCCUCUCGGCCAAGGUAUCAGCAACGCUGUUGGUCUUGCCAUGGCCCAGGCCCACACCGCCGCCGUCUUCAACAAGCCCGGCUACGACCUCGUUGACAACUACACAUACGCCUUCCUCGGCGACGGCUGCUUGAUGGAGGGUGUCUCCUCCGAGGCCUGCUCUCUCGCCGGCCAUCUCCAGCUCGGCAACCUCAUUGCCGUCUGGGACGACAACCACAUCACCAUCGACGGCGACACCAACCAGGCUUUCACCGAGGACGUCCUCAAGAGAUACGAGUCUUACGGCUGGCAUACCAUCACCGUCGAGGACGGUGACAACGACCUCGAGGGCAUCCUCCACGCCUUCAAGAAGGCCCAGGAGGUCAAGGACAAGCCCACGCUUAUCCAGCUCAAGACCAUCAUCGGUUUCGGCUCCAAGCAGCAGGGCACCCACGGUGUCCACGGUGCUCCCCUCAAGGCUGACGACAUCAAGCAGCUCAAGGAGAAGUUCGGCUUCGACCCCGAGAAGAGCUUCGACGUUCCCCAGGAGGUCUAUGACCACUGCCGCAAGGCUUCCAACGCCGGCGCCGCCGCCGAGGAGGAGUGGAACAAGCUGUUCGCCAAGUACUCUGAGGAGUACAAGGGUGAGGCCGCCGACCUCGUCCGUCGCCAGAAGGGUGACCUUCCCGAGGGCUGGGAGAAGAACCUCCCCGUCUACACCCCUGCCGACGCCGCCGUUGCUUCCAGAAAGCUCUCCGAGAUUGUCAUCAACAAGAUCUUCGAUGCCGUCCCCGAGCUUGUCGGUGGUUCCGCCGAUUUGACCGGCUCCAACCUUACCCGCUCCAAGGGCUCGAUCGACUUCCAGCCCCCGGCGACCGGCCUCGGCACAUACGACGGCCGCUACAUCCGUUAUGGUGUCCGUGAGCACGGCAUGGGCGCCAUCAUGAACGGUCUCGCUGCCUAUGGUACCAUCAUCCCAUACGGCGGUACUUUCCUCAACUUCGUGUCCUAUGCCGCCGGUGCCGUCCGUCUCUCCGCCCUGUCCCAGGCCCGCGCCAUCUGGGUCGCCACCCACGACUCCAUUGGUCUUGGCGAGGAUGGUCCCACCCAUCAGCCUAUCGAGGUCCUCACUCACUUCCGCGCCCUUCCCAACUGCAUGGUCUGGCGCCCCGCCGAUGGCAACGAGACGUCGGCUGCCUACUACGUCGCUCUCACCUCCAAGCACACCCCCAGCAUCAUCGCUCUCUCCCGCCAGAACCUUCCCCAGCUGGAGGGCUCCACCAUCGAGAAGGCGAUCAAGGGUGGCUACGUCCUCCACGAGCAGGAGGGUGCCGACAUCACCCUUGUCUCCACCGGUUCCGAGGUCUGCAUUGCCAUUGACGCCGUCAAGCUCCUCGCCGAGAAGCACAGCAUCAAGGCCCGUGUCGUCUCUCUUCCCUGCUUCGAGGUGUUUGACACCCAGCCGAAGGACUACCAGCUCAGCGUUCUCCCCGACGGCAUCCCCUCUCUGUCCAUUGAGGUCAUGUCCACCAUGGGCUGGGAGAAGUACACUCACGAGCAGUUCGGCCUGAACCGCUUCGGAGCUUCGGGCCCCUACAAGGACGUCUAUGCCAAGUUUGAGUUCACCCCCGAGGGUGUUGCCAAGCGCGCCCUCCAGACCAUUGACUUUUGGAAGGGUGUCCCCGUCCGCUCGCCCAUCAACCGCGCUUUCCAGCAGAUCCUCUAA